AUGUCAGAUUCUAACAGAACCGACUUCACCAACCCCUCCACCUUCAUCCUACUGGGCAUUCCUGGCCUAGAGGCAGCCCAUAUAUGGAUCUCCAUCCCCUUUUGUGUUAUGUACACCAUAGCCGUGUUGGGGAACUUCACCAUCCUGUUCAUCGUGAAGAGGGAGUCGAGCCUCCAUGGGCCCAUGUUCUAUUUCCUCUGCAUGCUGGCCAUCACUGACCUGGUCAUCUCCACCUCCACCCUACCGAAAAUGCUGAGCAUUUUCUGGUUCAAUUCCAGGGAGAUCAGUUUCAGUGCCUGCCUCACCCAGAUGUACUUCAUUCACUGCUUCUCAACGAUGGAGUCUGGAAUCCUCGUGGCCCUGGCUUUUGAUCGCUACGUGGCCAUCUGCAACCCUCUGAGAUAUUCAACGACCCUGACAAACUCUGUUGUGUUCAAGAUAGGCCUGGCGGUGGUGCUGCGCAGUGGUAUAAUCACAUUACCCUAUCCCUUAUUGGCGAGGCAGUGGCCAUAUUGCAGAACCAACAUCAUCUCCCACUCCUAUUGUGGGCAUAUAGCUGUGGUGAAGCUGGCCUGCGCUGACAUCCGCAUCAGUAGUUACUAUGGCCUGUUUGAUCUUUUCUCUGUGAUCGGAAUGGACGUGUUUUUUAUUGCCAUAUCCUAUAUUCAGAUCCUCCGGGCCAUCUUCCGCCUCCCCACAAAGGAUGCCCGGCUCAAAACUUUUGGGACCUGCAUCUCUCAUCUUUGUGCCAUCUCAGCUUUGUACAUCCCAGAUUUAGUCUCCUCUCUCAUGCUGCGGUUUGGCCACAAUUUGCCACUGCAUUUCCUCGUUCUCAUUUCCAGUGUGUACCUGCUGGUGCCCCCCGUGUUACACCCCAUUAGCUAUGGGGUGAGGACCAAACAGAUCCGGGACAGGCUGCUCCGGCUCUUUACUCAUAAAGAGAUCUAA